CUUUUGUGUUUUAUCUUUUUUUUUUUUCCUUUCUCUUUUUUACUAUUUUCUUUAAAAAAGAUGGAAGCAUUUGCCCCAAUCCCAGUAGAUUUAUUUGCUGACUCAAAUGCAAUACUGGACGAAGAUCAAUCUAAUUACUUCUCGCUUUCUCAAUUCGACUUGGAACUACAGCAACAAGCACAAGCUGCACUUCUUCAGCAAGAUUCUUGGCAAGAUUUCGAUAAGUACUUGCCUAUGGAUAACCAAUUAUUCAACACAAACAACAACUUGAGAAACCAAGAAGCUCAGCCUAUUUUUAUGAACAACACCAAUUCAAAUUUCAACAGCGACCCUACAUUAUUGUAUGAGCCCUUGGCUGAUUUAUUACCACAACAACAAUUCAAGCCUAUUUUUGAUGCAAAUGCAACAAACCUUGAUAAUAAUAAUAAUGUGAACAUUAAACAAGAAUAUGCCAGUCCAGAAUCACUGCCUUAUUCUCCUCCACAGAGUAUGCAGCCAAAUCCUUCUUUAUCUCCAGCUACAAAUCAACAACAAAAUGAUGUUCCAUUGUUUCAACCAACAACUGAAAGAAAAUCUCCAAAGAGUGCGCCAGUAGUAACAACUACCACACCUGCUCUUGAUUUUACAAAUUGGAAUUCACCUCCUUUUGAUUCAACACAAGCCAAAGUUCCUAUUCAGAGACUCAAAACCAAUAGUAUAAUCAAUAAUGCAGUCAACGCAGCCUUGAAUAAUUCAACACCACCUGCAGGUCGCCAACACAAAAAGACGGCACAUAAUGCCAUCGAACGUCGUUAUCGAAACAAUAUCAAUGACCGCAUUGCUGAGCUCAAGAACGCCGUACCAGCACUGCUGUAUGCCAAAGUCAAGGACAGUCGUACAGGCAAACGUGCUCACCGCGGCGACGAUGAUGAUGACGAAGGCGAAGACGGUGAAGAGUUUCUCGAUGGCGUUGCUGUGGCGACCAAGCUUAACAAGGCAACCAUCUUGAGAAAGGCCACUGAAUAUAUCAAUCACUUGAAAAAGACAGGCGAAGACAUUCGUCGUGAGAAUCAAACCCUGCAGCACAUCCUAAGCCAACUUCCCGGCGGUCACGAUGUAUUGCAACGCUAUCAUAUGCAAAAGCAACAACGCGAAAAAGAACUCCAUCAGCAACAGCUAUUAGAACGUCAAAUGCAAAAGCAACAAGACCAGCAACGUAAACUGGCCAACAGGAAACGUGCUCGUCAUCAUCCCUCACACGAGCACUCUGAUGAGUACGAAUCUUCUUCCAGUUCUCCUGGUUCGCUUGAUCCGGUCACCCCACCUGCCAUGGCCAAUCGGGUAUUCAUGGCCCUGUUUAUGUGUAUCACCUUCUUUUCAACGUCACCUUUAACUACAGGACCUUCUUCUGAAAAGUACCAAGCACACCAUCAUGUCUCCAGAACAGCCCCUGUUCCUGGUAGCGACACAGCUACUCAAGAUAUGAACAGCCCAAGUGCUGCUCCUGUAGCUUUUCUUGACUCUUUGUUUAACAUGAAUGACACAUGGUCAACUAUUCGUACAAUUAUUUUUGUUGUUUGCAUCUUCCAACUCUUCUUGCCUUAUAUCAAAUCCAUAGCUUUUGGUCCAUCUCUCAAGCUGAAGCGCGUCCAAAGAGCAAGACGUUCAAUCUCCUCUUCAUCUCAAAAAGAAAUCCUAAACAAUGUGGUUACACCAGGUGAUCUAAAAAACAGACAGAUGUAUACUAUUCUCGAAAAAUCCAUCAAAAGUCAUCCAGACGACUACCUUCCUUCUGCUUCCUUUGGCCUUUACUUUUCUCUCUUUAAAGAAUGUGCUCGCAUUUUUUCUCGCCAUGUUCUCGGUUACGAAAUUAUGUACGGCGACCAAGAUGACAUUGCACCAGAAGAAGAAUGGGGCAAGGUCUGUAAAUGGAUCAAGUUGAAUGAAACUAGAUGCGUCGGUGGUGAUCCUUAUGCAUCUCGGUUGUCUAUGCUUUAUUCCUGCUUCCGCAUGCUUAAUUUAGUGGAUGUGCUUGAUGAAGAUGUUCAUGACCACGUCAUUGAAAUUCAUACCCGUGCUUACGCUACUGCUGCUAUGCAACUACUCUUGGUUCUUCCUCGAUGUUCUAUUACUGAUAAAAUAUCCAAUUAUUUCUGGCAGCAUGCAGCAAGCAACAGUAAGCAUGGUCAUAAUGAAAAUGAUGAAACAGAAGAAGAAAGCAGCCUUUGGAUGCAGUCACUUGCCUGGACAGACUCUGAACAAGACUAUGAUUCUAUUCAUGAUAUGCCCCUCUCUCGUGCUUGGUUUGAAGCUAUGGAAAUCCUUCAAACUCAAAACUCUUUGGAUGUAAGCUCAAAAGGUCACCCACAUCUGGGCAUCUCAUACACUGCUCCUGUUGUUGCCCCUAUUGCCAUUUUAUCAACACUCCAUUUAUUAGACAAUUUGCGUAUCCAAUUUGAUCGUCUUGUUAGUACUAUGGGAUCUGGAGGUGAAGGCAGAAAUCUUGAUCAUGGUUCAGAGUUGGCUUUUAUCGAUAUCAUAUUAUUGACUAAAUCCAACUCGCUUGAACAGGAAGACAGUACUGAUCAGCAAAGGUUGGCUCACUGGUUAGCAGCUGUUGGUGCUAUUACCGAAGGCUUAUGGAAGAACAAACUUGAACAGGCUGAAAAAUGGUUGCCUACACUCAUUCAGAGAGUACCUCGCUCCAUGUCAUGUAAAGCCAAUACAGUUCCUCAGAAGGCUGCUUCAAGUCAACUGGAUGAACUGAUUAAAAAGACGAUGAUUCAUGUUCUUGUUGGUGCUACUUUACUUAAGAGCUCAGAUGUCGAGAAACAAAAGCAAGGUCUAGUUGAGCUUGAGAAUGCUGAAGUGCUUCGUACAGCUAUCCGUAAGCUCCAAAACAAGCUACGCCCUCUUCAUGAAAAUGGCGAAGUUAGCCUUGAAUUUACUGUGAUUGCUCUAGCUGAAUUUGCCGUUUGCUUUAUUGGUCUUGAAUCUUGGAUUAAUGCGCUUAAAUUAGAAGUUUCUCCUGAAAAAGAAAUCUUAAUUGAUGAAGAAGUGCGUCAAACUACUUUGAAUUUGCGUCGUAUGAUGCGUUAUCUUUCCUCUCAAGUAUUGACUGAAAGCCAGGCGAUAGUUGAUCGAUUAAGUCGUCUUGGACGGUUUAUUGCUCAUCAUCCUGGAGAUGCUGAUUCUGCCUGUGAAUUAUCCGAUCAAGAAGAAGAUGAAGAAACAAGGAGAGAAGAGGAAGAGGGUCAAGUUUCCCAAGAAAAUACGAAUAAUCAUAAAGCUUUAACCAGGAGAGCUGAUAGAGCUCAGUCUAUUCUUCGCGGUUUAGCAUAAAAAAGAUAUCAUUACACAUUCAUUAUUAACAUUUCAUUUAAACACAUACACUUCAUAUAAAUAUUUGCUUGCUU